AUGAGUGCUCACGUGUCACUCGUGUCGCUGUUUGUGGUGAUGGCGUUGACUGUCCAUCGGAUGGGCUGUCAGUCGGCGUCGGAUGUGGUGAACGCCAAAGUGGACCGAUUGGUCGACAUAUCGUCUCAAUUGGUCAAAGUUGAGACCCGAGUGGUGGUCGACAAUAGCCGUAAUAAGAAGAGUUUGGAUCACUAUUUGGUGACUCUGGAGGACACGGAUGCCCAGCAUUUGUCUCACAUCAGCGCCACUGUCGACAAGAAGACGCUGAAAGUGACGAAAGUGGACGACAAGACCUAUCGCGUGGACUUAACGGCGUCGGCGGCCAUUCCCGCGGGUCAGGCAACGAGUCCUGUCAUCACGAUUGACACGGUUUUCACGCAUUCAUUGAUCCCAUUUCCGGCACAAAUCAUUCAGUCGGAGCGACAACUCGUCCAAUACUUCGGAAACGUGUACUUCUGGAGCCCUUAUGAGACAAAAACCCAAACAACGAAAGUAAAGCUAACGCCGACCGGAAGUAUUGAGUCGUUUUCGAAAGUAAAGCCGACGACACAGACGGACAGAACCAUCACUUAUGGCUCGUAUGACAGCAUUCCGGCCAAGAGUUACAGUGAGCUUAAGAUUCAUUACGAAAACAACACACCAUUCCUUACGGUCACACGACUCGAGCGCGUCAUUGAAGUGAGCCAUUGGUCGGCAAUGGUUUCGGUGGAAGAGACCAUUGAUGUCGUUCAUACCGGCGCUGAACUCAAGGGUGCCUUUUCUCGCUACGAGUUCCAGAGGGAGCCCACGAAUGGUAUUUCGUCCAUCAAGUCUUGGAAGACAAAACUGCCGUUAAAUGCGAGAGACAUCUACUAUAGGGACGAUAUCGGGAACAUCUCGACCAGUAAUGUUAAGGCCGGUUCACAGCAUUUGGUUGUUGACCUGAGACCACGAUUCCCGCUCUUCGGCGGAUGGAAAACACAUUACAUUUUGGGUUAUUAUACCUCCUCUCAAGACAUUCUCCUAAACAAAGGCAACGACUUUGUCCUUAAGAUGCCAUUCGUUGACCACAUUUUCGACAACAACGUUAUCGAUGACGUGACAGUUAAAGUGAUUCUUCCGGAGGGCUCGUCUGACAUCAACUACAGGUCGGCCUACACUGUGGACCGUCAAAAGGAUCAAAAGCAUUACACAUAUCUGGACACAAUUGGACGAACAGUUCUGGUCUUUCAUAAAAGCAAUUUAGUCGAAGAGCACAUCCAGGACGUGGAGGUGCACUACAAGUACAAUAAGCUGCUUAUGCUUCAGGAGCCGUUGCUGAUAGUGGUGGCCAUCUUCGCGCUCUGCCUUCUUGUCAUAAUUUACGUUCGUUUGGAUUUCAGUAUUUCUAAGAGUCCUCUGAAACAAAGUAUGGGUAAAAUCAAUGCCAUCAACGACUCGAUUAUCGGACACCACGACAAACGCGCUUCUGUUUACGAACAGUUUGAUAAGGCGUCCAAUAAAUUCAAGACGACCAAAGAUUUGGCCGCUUUUCAGGCCAUUCAGAAGCGAUUGAAUGCCGAACACAAGACAGAGACGCAGGCCAUCAGU